UUCAGGCAGCGGUGACCGUACAUUGACGGCAUGAAUUUGACAUCAAACUAGUCCGAGGCUUGCAAAGUCGCCGAAUCUUUUAAACGAAUGUUUAUUUUUACAAGGUUAUUAGAAUGUUAUACUUGUAGAUCAGUUUAGCCUUCAGUAGCAUAAACAUGGCGUCUUGAGCUAUGUGAAAAUGGCUCUGUAACACGGUGGUGUGGAGGGUGCGGUCCAUUCAACAAGGAGCUGUGGACUCCAGCAGGCAGGAUGGAGGAGAAGAAACGCAACAUCCGGAUCAUCGAAUGGGAGGACCUGGACAAGAAAAAGUUCUACUCCCUGGGUGUGUUCAUGACUAUGACCACCCGGGCCACAGUCUACCCGUUCACCCUCAUCCGCACCCGGCUGCAGGUGCAGAAGGGCAAGUCCCUCUACACGGGCACCUUUGACGCCUUCUACAAGAUCCUGAAGGCGGAGGGCCCGCGAGGUCUCUACCGAGGCUUCAUGGUCAACACCUUCACCUUGAUCUCAGGCCAGGCCUACAUCACCACCUAUGAACUGGUAAGGAAGUAUGUGUCCCAAUAUUCCAGCAAUAACACAGUGAAGUCUCUGUGGGCAGGGGGAGCGGCGUCCCUGGUGGCCCAGACCAUCACUGUGCCCAUAGAUAUGGUCUCUCAGCAGCUCAUGAUGCAAGGCCAGGGGGGACACCUGAGCCGCUUCAAGGUCAAACCCAAAAUUAUGAUGGCGACAUCCAAGAGCAAAGUGACUUUCGGACAAAGCAGGGACAUUGUGGUGCAGAUAUGCGCCGCUGACGGUUUCCGGGGAUUUUACCGGGGAUACGUGGCAUCCCUCCUCACCUACAUCCCCAACAGCGCGGUGUGGUGGCCUUUUUAUCAUUUUUAUGCAGAGAACCUUUCCAAACUAGCCCCCAGCGAUUGUCCUCACCUGCUUCUGCAGGCCAUCGCUGGGCCAAUGGCAGCAGCCACAGCCUCCACCAUCACCAAUCCCAUGGAUGUUGUACGGGCCAGAGUGCAGGUGGAGGGCAGGUCAUCGGUCAUUGCGACCUUCAAGCAGCUGCUGGCAGAGGAAGGACCCUGGGGGAUGACUAAGGGGUUGUCUGCCCGCAUCAUCUCCUCCACCCCCACAGCCGUGGUCAUCGUGGUGGGCUACGAGACCCUCAAGAGACUCAGCCUGCGGCCCGAGCUGGUCAACUCUAGACACUGGUAAAUACCAGAGGGACAACCAGGGACAGACCCGGGCUAGACUGGGCCAGGGAGCCAGGGACACUGUCAAACACAGACAAAACAUGGCUACCUGGUCCCCCAUAUUGCCGGUUCGGUUUGCCUUUGAAAAAGUCUGUUGCCUUUGUUUUAAUGUGAGUUUGGGUAGAGGUUACAGAGGAGGAAUUAUGAUUCGUAUUUUUCUGUUUUCAGGGAGUAUAACUGUAUAUAUUGGAACUUGUCAAUUAGAGGUAUGGAGAAAAAUGUGUGUGAGUUGAGCUGUAGCCCUUAAAAAUGGGUUCUUAUAUUCAUUUUAAAAUGCACAUGUUUAUCUCUGCAGGGUUGUCAGCUUUGUAUUGUUCAUGUAUUUACCCAAUGGUUGCGUUUCACUGGAAAAGGUAAUGUAGACAACCCUGCUGAGAGCCUGUGUCGACAGGCAGGUUUUCUAGCCAAGCACCAUAAUCACAUUCAACAAACAAGUUAGCCCCCCCCACCCUAGGAAGAUAUGUUGAAUAAGAGCAGAACUGCUCUCUAGUACCCUUUUCUCUGAAUAUGAUUUGUGUAAAGCAAGUUUAUUUGAAAGUAGGCUUGGUAAACACUUUUGCAUGGUAAAAUGAUUGGUGCUUGCUCAACACAUGUAAAUUUUACAACAAUACUACCUACUCCUGCCUUCAUUGCUUGUGGACUUUUGGGAAUAGGACACUAUAUAUACAAAAGUAUGUGGACACCUCUUCAAAAUAGUGGAUUCGGCUAUUUCAGAGGUGGAAACAUCUA